AUGCCAAGAUCCACAGCCCAUAUCCGCCGAGAAUCCGAGCCCGUUCGAGCACCCACUUUCACAAUUCUCGACACCUCGACCGAGCGAGGCCAUCCAGUUGCUGCCUACCUUUCGUCCUCCGUUACUCGAGAAUCAUUCGUGCCGGUCAAUCUCCCCUUUGGCCAGCGAGUAAACCUGACGACACUUUGUACCGCGAAACCAAAGCUAUACGGGCGGAAGCAUAAGAAACGUCAAGCACCACAGCAGACACCCUCGUUUGGCCAGCGACUCAUCCAGGCUCUUUCUGACCGGCAAGAAGGGACGAAUGAAUCAAAGGGAGGACCCGGGGCCGAUGAGCGCGUCUGGUACGAUCAAUUUACUUCGACUGACUGGGUCCGAGACAACAUCGCGGAUGCCUACCGUGUCAAAGCCCUCCGGAAUCGAAGAGACUUUUGGGGUCGGGUAUUUAUCGUAUGGGAUGCCUCUCAGGGCUGGAUCCUGAGCGCCUUGAGUGGCUUCUUGAUUGCCGUUGUUGCCUACAUCGUCAACGUGUCCGAGUCGACGGCAUUUGACUGGAAGGACGGAUACUGCACAAGGGGCUUCUUCAUAAGCGAAUCGAAAUGUUGUCCCCACGGUCCCUGCACGGCCUGGCGGACUUGGUCCGAAGCUCUCCGCGCCCAUAUCUUUGGCGAGUUUUGGACCGAAUACGCCAUCUAUCUUUUUCUCGUGAUUGCCUUCUCCACCAUCGCCUGUCUCCUGACCCUCCAAACCAAGACUGUCGUCCCCUCGGCAUACCAGCUCUCGACCCUAGACGAGAAUCUCGCUGCCGAAAGUCCGCCGAGCGAAAUCUCUGCCGACUACGCCGGAAGCCCUCGUCGGGCAAAAACCACAACAGAAUCCCCCGAUGGUCUACUACUCGGCGGCCGGCAAACGCUCAUCGUCAAGACCGCCGCCCUCAUCUUUGCUGUGGCUUCCGGCCUCAGUCUCGGCAAGGAGGGACCCUACGUUCACAUUGCGACCUGCGUAGGAAACAUUGCCUGUCGUCUCUUCUCCAAGUACGACCGAAACGACGCCAAACGCCGUGAGGUCCUGUCCGCCGCCGCUGCCGCUGGCGUGGCAGUCGCCUUUGGCGCUCCGCUCGGAGGUGUGCUCUUUGGCCUAGAGGAGGUGUCGUACUUCUUCCCGGCCAAGACGCUCUUCCGCACCUUUUUCUGCUGCAUCAUUGCGUCGCUAACGCUCAAGUUCCUGAACCCCUACGGCACGCAUAAAAUCGUCAUGUUCCAGGUGCGCUACCUGAUUGACUGGGAGUGGUUCGAACUCGGCAGCUUCAUCAUGGUGGGCAUCGUCUGCGGCGCCGCCGGUGCGUUUUUCAUCAAGGCAUCCAAGCACUGGGCCAAGUCGUUUAGGCGGAUCCAGGUGAUCAAGAAUUUCCCCAUGCUCGAAGUGGCGCUCGUUGCCCUCGUCACGGGUCUCAUGAGCUACUGGAACGUCUUUACCCACCUCCCCGUCGCGAAGCUCCUCCUCAACCUCUCGUCCCCUGCGACCCGCUGGACGCGGACCGUGACCAGCUCGGCCUGUGCCCCACGCGCAUCGAAGAGAUCCCCCGUGGUGGCCAGCCUCUUCGCCGCGUUUUUGAUCAAGGGCUUCCUCACCAUCAUCACGUUUGGCAUCAAGGUCCCGGCGGGCAUCUACAUGCCGUCCAUGGUUGUGGGUGGCCUCCUGGGGCGACUCAUCGGGCACAUGGUGCAGUGGGUGGUGUUCCGGUUCCCCGACGUGCCCAUCUGGGCGGCGUGCGCGAGGAGCGGCGAAGGGACGUGCAUCCAACCGGGCGUGUACGGCCUCAUCGCCGCCGGUUCGACCAUGUGCGGUGUUACGAGGCUCUCGCUAACCCUUGCGGUUAUCCUCUUUGAGCUCACUGGCAGCUUGGACUACGUAUUGCCUUUCUCGCUGGCGAUCCUCGUUGCAAAGUGGACGGCCGAUGGCAUCGAGCCCAACAGCAUCUAUGACCUCCUCACCAACAUGAACUCGUAUCCCUUCCUUGACAACAAGCACAAACCCAUCUUCACAGACGAUCUUGCCACCAUUGUGCCCCGCGUGCGACGCCAGCGCGUCAUCGACAUCACCAACUCGCCGCUCGUCCCGGCCACGGAUCUGCGCACGAAGCUGAUGGUGCUGCAUCGGGCGGGAGAGCUCGACGGCGGCCUACCGAUCCUGCGCGACGACGUGCUCGUCGGGCUCAUCCCGGCACCGGAUCUCGAGUACGCGCUGGACAACUUGCCUGAUGAGGAAACGAACUUGUGCCUGAUGGCGAAUGUGCCACGCAUUGACGAUGACGAUGAUGGAGAGGUCGACCCUACUGACUUUACGCCUUAUAUUGACCCGGCUCCUGUCGCUUUGGAUAUCCAGAGCCCGAUGGACUUGGUGUACGAAUGUUUCUCGAAGCUGGGCUUACGAUACAUUUGCGUCGUUCGAGACGGAAAGUAUGCCGGAAUGACUCAUAAGAAGACCUUUGUUAAGUAUAUGAGGGAGCUUCUACAAGAGCAACACGGUCACUGA